GGCCGGGUGAGGUUUUCCAUGUUGAGAAUAGCUACAAGAUGUACAAUUUAUAUCUGCUUACUUAUGCAGGGACGAACAACUCUGGUGUGUCACCAGCUGGACAAUGUGGGACGUGGGUGAAGGAGCCUGAUGGAGGGCACUUCACAUCACCUAACUACCCUGAGAAAUAUCCACCUGAGAGGGAGUGUAUUUAUAUUAUAGAAGCCUCUCCGCGACAAUGCAUUGACUUGUUCUUCGAUGAGAAUUACUCCAUUGAGCCCUCCUGGGAAUGUAAAUUUGAUCAUAUCGAGAUCCGCGAUGGGCCCUUUGGUUUCUCACCAAUCAUUGGACGCUACUGUGGGCAGGAAAGCCCGGCAUACGUUCGUUCCAGUGGGAGGUACCUGUACAUAAAGUUUGUGGCUGAUGGUGAACUGGAAGCCAUCGGUUUUUCUGCACGAUAUAACUUUACACACGUUGGCCAAAACCUGGGCUCUAAGGAGUGA